AUGUUACUCAGAGUGAGAACAGUGCUUAGAGAAAGAGGAGGUCUGCUGGGAGAUUUAGUGGUGGUGCGUGCUGUGCGAGCUUCAGAUAAAGAAUUGAUUGGGAGAAGGGUUCUGCGGGGAAAUAUGGUGGUGGUGUCGUGGGGGACACCUGAACAGAUAAUGGAGGAUCCCGACACCAGCGAUCCUGAAAUCGAGCCACCUCAAAAGGCUAGAACUUCACUUCUAAGUUCAGGCUCUGUGUUCUUUCUCUGUUCGAGCUUCCUUUCAGCAGAAAAUGAGGCCGCAAUUGCACGAUGUAAACUCAACCGGGCGAGAACAGAGAAAGAACACAGAGCCUAUAAAACCAUGGUGCUCUGGCAAUUCGCCGUGCAUGAACUGAGUGUUGGGGGUCCGGCUUGCUCUUAUAAUAACGACUACACCCGUGAUCGAAGAACAAAGAUCCAGCCGAAUCCAAACUACAAGCUGAACCCUCAACACUCAGUCUUGACUGUACCGCAAGACAACAGCCACCUUCUGCUAAUGACUUUUCGACGUCAAUUCCGGAACAACUUGAUAGCACCACCUAGACCGCUACAACCUCAGCAGCAGCAGCAGCAUUCAAGUACCACCGGCUAUGCCGUCUCCGGACGUGCCUCUAUCGAUGUGAAUCCUCUGAGCUAUGAUUAUGAGGUGGAAUUAAUUCAAGGUGCUGGUCUCAAAGUCAGUAUGCUUCAGAUCAAUCUUCAAUCUUCCGAGUUUCUCGUCUCAAAUUUUGGGAGGAUGGACCACGAUCAAGAUUAA